AUGAAGCCAAUUCUGCCUGUUCCAAAACACGCUUCUAAUGGAUUUUCUAUAGACUCUUUGAUUCACAAGGACAGCCAUACCACCCCGGGUACAGAACCUCAGCACAACAUCGCCAGUUCUAUAUCAUCUGGCUUGUCAUCCUCAGCUCAAGACACAGCACUGAUAGCGGGCAGGAUUCCUCCACUGCACCCGGCACUGCCUCCUCACGUGCGAAACUUGCUUCUAGCCGAGCAAUCUCCAUUAAAUCCUAAUGAUCUACUGACAUUACAACGUUCUGCAGCAUGGGCGUUUCAAAAUACCAUGGCUCCCGGGGUAACAUCCCUGGGUAGAACUCUUCCUCCUCCAACGGUUUCCUCUCUCCAUCCCUUUUAUCCUGGACUUUUAGGUGCUAGCCGAGAUCCAACCAACAUGUAUCCCUGGAUGUUGACACGGCAUCCUCAGGGUCUCUUUGGUCUUCCAUUCGGUCAUCAAGAUCCAAGCUUUUACUUCCAUCCAUACCGAAAGCCAAAACGCAUUAGAACAGCUUUCUCUCCUUCACAGCUUCUGAAAUUAGAACACGCAUUUGAGAAAAAUCACUAUGUGGUUGGACAGGAAAGGAAGGAUUUGGCGGCCAAACUAGGUCUUACGGAAACACAGGUGAAAGUUUGGUUCCAAAACAGAAGAACAAAGUUCAAAAGAGUAAAAUCUGAUGACGAUGAGGCUCAGGACGAUACAGAAGGACAACACCAAGACGAUAUUAAUGUCACGGACUACCACGAGGGGGCGUCUGAAUCUGACAGCGAGGAAAAUGAGUAG